AUGGAUUUUGUGGAUAUUAAAUACAAGUAUGUUAUAACCCACCAAGAGCAGUUCCCCUUCCAAAAAGCCAGCACAGGGCCCUCCCCGGAGCACAUCUGUUCCCCUUUAUGCACACCGGGAAGGGAAGGGAGUAACCCCGCUGUUCUCUGCUUUUCAGAUUUGACUGAAGAACGACUUGGGGACAGCAGCACAGCCGACAACACGGAGACCUUCAGUGACAAAGACAUCGACCAGCGGAGCUCCCCAGACCUGGCCAAAAGUAAGGGCUGCUUCACACCCGAGAGCCCAGAGGUCGUGUCGGUGGACGAAGGCGGGUACGCGGUCCAGAAAAAUGGGGGCAGCUCCGAGAGCCGCCCGGACAGCCCCAAGUACCCCGGGGAACAGAAUCACCUCCUGAUCGAGGGCCCCUCGGGCACCGUCUCGCUGCCCUUCAGCUUGAAAGCCAACAGACCGCCCCUGGAAGUGUUGAAAAAGAUCUUCCCCAACCAGAAGCCGACGGUGCUCGAGCUGAUCCUGAAGGGCUGCGGCGGGGACCUGGUGAGCGCCGUGGAGGUCCUCCUGUCCAGCCGCUCGUCCGGCGCGGCCGCGGACCGAACUCCCGCCGAGCCCGAGGGCCUGGUCCUGCCCUCCAACGGGCACAUCUUUGAACACACCCUGAGCUCCUACCCCAUCUCCUCGUCCAAGUGGUCCGUGGGCUCGGCCUUCAGAGUCCCAGACACGUUGAGGUUUUCUGCCGACUCGAGUAAUGUGGUCCCCAACCCCUUGGCCGUGCCCCUGCAGCAUCCGUUCCCCCAGCCGCCCCGCUACCCUCUGAUGCUGAGGAAUACUUUGGCGAGAAACCAGUCGAGCCCCUUUUUGCCCAACGACGUCACCCUGUGGAACACCAUGACGCUGCAGCAGCAGUACCAGCUGAGGUCCCAGUACGUCAGCCCCUUCCCCACUAACUCUACCAGUGUCUUCAGGAGCUCGCCCGUCCUCCCCGCCCGCACCCCCGAAGAUCCCCGCAUCUCCAUCCCUGAUGACGGGUGUCCCAUCGUGUCAAAGCAGUCCAUCUACACUGAGGACGACUAUGACGAGAGGUCUGACUCCUCAGACUCUCGAAUACUCAACACUUCCUCCUGAAGUGGCGCGCCGUGGGUGGUGACCAGGUGACGUUUUCUGCGCGUUUGAACCCUGGGCUCCCCUUGAGGGGAGGCCACGUCCUGUGUAUACCUUUUCCUUCUGUUUGACAAAGUCACUUGUGCUUGAUUCUAUACCUUAGCAAUAAAAGCAUAACUUAUUUAAUUUCUUGCACUUCACUGGAAAAUGCCAAAUAGCUCUGCUCUGUGGCUUUAGUGCUGAAUGUUCGUUGUAAAAGAGAGUCUAAUGCUAAGAAUAGUCUUGGGAAAGCCUUGGGUCCAUGGAAGAUUUAUUUGAGGAUGUAAAGCUGAAGGUCAGCCUUGCUCCUAAUCUCGGCCUGGAAUGUUCAAUAAAAUAGUAUACUUGAAUGCAAUUUUGUGAAAGAGGAUUCCUCAGGAUAUGUGAGCCCUAAAGAAGUGGUUCGGUUGCCGAUGGACUAUAAACAGGGACCUUAUAUUCCUAUGCUAAAAUCCUUGUUGCAUUUUAAAGAGAGACUGUACUUAAUAGAGUGAACUGCUCAUGUGCUUAUUUAAGCUUGGACAGUUUUCAGAGACAAACUCCAUUAAGAAUUAUUCUUCUCACAUGGCUGAAUCCAAACGUGUAAUGUCAAUGUGAAACCAAUCACAGCUGUGAACUGCAUGAAAUGUAUUGUGAAGUGAACACAAGAUUAAGCUUUGUCAGGUUCAUGUAGCAUGCUAAGGAGUCUAGAAAAAAAAUAAACUA